AGGGGAGAGAGAGGGAGAGACCCAGAGAGAGAAAGAGAUCUGUUUCCAUUGUGUCUAAAACAUGUCCAGCCGUCCGAUGGGACUGAGCGUGUGAAGGACGUGCGCUCAGACGUUUGUGCCUGUGUUUCUGUGUGUGUCCGUGAAGGUCAACGGCAGCAUGCAGAAGGUCCCGGAGGAGUGGAGAGAGAGGGAGAGAGAGAUGGAGCGGCCGGCGCAGAGUGGAGGGGAAGAGGACAGGGAGACGCUGAUGAUGGAACUGACCCGGCUGGUGCAGAAGACGGUGAAGGAGAGCAGCUGGUGGGAGAGGAGAGGGGUAGACUGCAGCAUUCUGGCCGUGGCUUUCAUUAGCCUGCCUGCAGCAUUCUUGCUGUUGGGUUCCUCACAGGUGGCGUGGUUUGUGCUGGGUCUGUUGGUGAUGGGCGUGGCUCACGCUGUAAUCACAGUGAAGGGGACACACCUGUCCAGUCACGGAGCUCUGAGUGAGUCGGCGGCGUGGGGGCAGUUCUGGGCCGUCUUCUUCAUCGAGGUGUGUGGAUCGUUCACUGCCAGAGCAGGUGUGAAGGCUCAUGUGAAGAUGCAUCACGCUCACACUAACGUCAUCGGUCUGGGAGACUCCAGCACCUGGAAGGUCCCCUUUCUGCCCCGCACCGUGUACCUGUUCGUCGCCCCACUCGCUGUACCCAUCAUCACACCGAUAGUCGCCAUGGGUCAGCUAAAGGGUCAGCCUCUGUGGGCAGUUGUGCGUACAGUGGUGUGUGUGAGCGUGGGUGUGUAUUCUCAGUACAUACUGCUGCGGUGUGUGUCUGGGCUGGAGUGCGGUUCGGCUCUGCUGGUGAUGCUGCUGAGCAGAGCCAUGUUCUCCUUACCGUACAUCCACGUCAACAUCUUCCAGCACAUUGGGUUGCCGAUGUUUUCUCCCAGUCGGAGGCCCAAGCGAAUCUACCAGAUGAGUCACGGGGUCCUCAACCUGCCCAGGAACCCACUGCUUGACUGGACCUUCGGACACUCGCUCAUCAACUGCCACGUAGAACACCACCUGUUCCCCUCACUCUCUGACAACAUGUGCCUGAAGGUGAAGCCGAUCGUGUCCCGGUACCUGAAGGAGAAGUCGUUGCCGUAUCAGGAGGACAGUUACCUCUCCCGUCUGAGUUUAUUCUUCCAUAAGUACCAGGAGCUGAUGGUGUGGGCCCCGCCCAUCACUGAGCUGGUUGGGCUGCAGUGA